AUGAUUUUCAUGUUCUUUGAAGCACUUGAGAGCUGUUACUGCAGAGGAGCUGUGUUAAUUCCUCCUUUAUCUUUGUUUUCUCCUUCUCUCCUCCCCCGCAUAAAUCUUUUUCUCCUGCUCUCUCUGUGUCUCACCCUCUCUCUCUCUCUCUCUCUCUCCAACUUUCUCACAACCGGAGAACGACCUCGGUCCGGAUUUUCUCACAACCGAACGGGAACCAGAGGGCGAUCUCGAUCUCGACUUUCUCACAACCGGAGAACAACCCCGGUCCGCAUUUUGUCACAACCGGAUGGUAACCAGAGGGCGACCUCGUUCUCGGCCUUCUCACCGCCAGAUACACAACCAAAUAUCGACAUUAACAGUUGCGUCAACAAGUUCAGGGGAGGUGAUUGUAAUUACCAAACUUCAAGGAAGAUUUCAGCAACAGGUUCUGCUCAGUCUUCGUGUUCAACUCAAACUUUCUCCGGUAACCGAGUCUUCACUUCAUGCAACGAUCUUCCCGUUUUGAACUCCUUCAUUCACUGGAACUACGAACAAUCUUCACAGAGGAUUGAGAUUGCAUAUCGGCACACCGGGACUACGACUUCAAGAUGGUUUGCUUGGGCCAUCAACCCAACUUCCACCGGCAUGGCUGGCUCUCAGGCGUUCGUUGCUUACCGGCGUAAUGAUGGAAAGGUUAUGGCUUACACCUCUCCCAUAACCAGUUACGGGACUCAGUUGCAGCCGGGAAAUCUUAGCUUUCCGGUCUACAACAUCUCUGCACAGUUUGCAGACAAUGAGAUGAUGAUUUUUGCAACUCUAGAGCUUCCAGGCAACACAACCAGUGUGAAUCAGGUUUGGCAAGAGGGCCCACUUCUGGACAACAUACCUGGGCCUCAUUCUUUUUCUGGAGACAAUCUCAGAUCAAUGGGUACCCUGAAUUUCUCAUCAGCCCAAACAAUCAUGAGGAGAGGAAGGGAUUCAAGAGAGGUAUGGAAGAUAGUUCAUGGAGUUGUAAAUGCAGUGACAUGGGGUACCAUGAUGCCCAUGGGUGCCAUGAUAGCGAGAUACAUGAAAGUUUUCAAGUCUGCAGACCCACUUUGGUUUUACUUGCAUGUUGGCUGCCAGAUUUCAGCCUACAUCAUUGGUGUUGGAGGAUGGGUGAGCGGCCUCGUACUUGGGAGCAAAUCUCCUGGAAUUCAGUACAGCGCCCACCGGUAUAUCGGCAUUGUUCUGUUUUGCCUUGGAAUGCUUCAGGCAUUUGCGCUGAAGCUGCGGCCAAAGAAAGAUCACAGGUACCGAUUCUUAUGGAACAUAUACCACCAUGUGUGUGGGUACAGCACCAUUGUGUUGAGCAUUGUCAACGUGUUCAAAGGCUUAGAGAUUUUGGGUGCUGGUCAGAAGUGGAAGUUUGUUUACGCUGGUGUCAUUGCUACAUUGGGCGCCAUUGCGUUGGGGUUGGAGUGCAUUACUUGGUACAUAGUUCUGAGAAGGAGGGCCAAGUGCUCUGAUGAGUCUCUCCAUAGCACCAAAGUGGCAAAAGGGGUGGAAGGAUUUAUGUCUAAUUCUGAAGAAGUGUAAAUAGAGAAGAGCAAGGCUUGUUUGUUAUUUGUAUAUGUACAGAACACAGUAUAUGUUAAAUGUUUUUAUUUGGUU